AUGUGUGGUGCUGUGUGGUGCUGUGUGGUGGCAGCUGUGGAUGUGUGGUGCUGUGUGGUGCUGUGUGGUGGCAGCUGUGGAUGUGUGGUGCUGUGUGGUGAUGUGUGGUGCUGUGUGGUGAUGUGUGGUGCUGUGUGGUGGCAGCUGUGGAUGUGUGGUGAUGUGUGGUGCUGUGUGGUGGCAGCUGUGGAUGUGUGGUGCUGUGUGGUGCUGUGUGCUGUGGAUGUGUGGUGCUGUGUGGUGCUGUGUGGUGAUGUGUGGUGCUGUGUGGUGCUGUGUGGUGGCAGCUGUGGAUGUGUGGUGCUGUGUGGUGCUGUGUGGUGA